AUGGACGACCAUGACCCCUUGAAUGACACGCUGGACCGUCCUACGAAGCGACCGCGCCUUUCCUUUACCCCCGACUCGCCUGAAGACGCCGAGCAAGUAUCGGGGGAGUGGGAUCUACAAGCCGCGCGCGCCCAGAACGACCUACGACUAAAGUCGAUAUUCGAAGGGAUUUUUGCAAAAUACGGCAAUGAUUUCUCGGAAGUGGGCGAUGAGAUUGACUUGGAAACCGGGGAGAUUGUGGUCAAUAAUGGCCACUUGCAGGGCAUGCAUGAGGAAACCGAUAUUGGAAACAAAGAAAAACCUUGGGAAACGGACCCCUUUGGCUCGGGCGACGAGGCCUCUGCUCAAGAUGAGGAGGAGCUAGUCGAGUCCCACGAUCAUGCUUCAGGACGCAGUCCCCAAACCGAGUUAUUGGGCUCUGGCACGGAUGGAGAUGCGAGUGUUUCGUUUUGUGAUUCUGCGGUGGCGUCCUCAGGCCUCGGGCCUGGGAUUCCAGCAUCCAGUCCCUCGGUGUUGAAAGAAAAACCUUCAUCAGCACUGCACCACAUCGAGAAGGACCCCGGCCCAAGAGACCCUCUCUGGCAAGCCCCUGAACUGCCACCGCUCUUCACAACGCCCAAGGUCGAUAAGCGACACGCCAACGUAACACCUCAGCUCCCAAACAUCCCCCGACAACCCUCCCCACCCGGCUCCGGGUCUCUCUGGACAGUUCCGAGAAGACGUCCACCACAAUCGAGUAAGCAUGGAAAAGUCAUAGCCACCCCAACCCCGAGCAAAAGCCGGUCUCGGGCGAAGCGCAAACACCAGUCAAGCCCUGUGGCGCGCGACUGGUCCUUUGCCAAAGUUGCCGACGAUGACGAAUCGGACGACCCGCUACAAGAGGAAUGGCCAUCAUCGCCUCUGCCAUUCCCACGCCAGAUCAAUAUCACGAGCAAGCGAGACCUUGACAGUCAGAUUAAACCAGCUGAUGAAACCCUUCACGCUGAGUCGGUAAUAAUUACAAGUCGGGUUGAUGCCAGCCGCGAAUCACCUACCCAAGCGGAUCCGUCUGUGCACGACCAAUCGGGUAUAGAUCCUGAACAAGAUGGUCAAGGCGACCACUCGGAACGAAGCCUAACAACGACGGAUGUGCCACUCGAAUAUCAUAAUUUACAGUGCGAUUUACCUUCACCGGUAUCGCCUCACUCCCAGACCGUCGCUCACUCGCCAUUAAAAUACUCGCUGACCCAGGCCAAUACCAAAUUCUCGCCCGACGACAUCAAGCUGAUAGUCUGCAUGCGAUAUGUACAAGAGAGAACUUGGAAAGAGGUUUUAGGUGCCCUACCUGGUCGUACCUUGACACAAAUCUAUCAGUGGAACCAGGUCCACUGGAGCGAUCGUCGAGCAUGUCCGCCCGAACUUUCAGUCCCUUGGACCCAGGCUGAGCUGGAAAUCCUGGAAUCACUCGCUGGUCGAACGGGGCUCUCUUGGCCUGAAAUCAUGGGCGAGCUAUCCGAACGCUCCCAGUCAGAAGUCGAGUUCGAACUGCUUCGCCGUUGGGCUGGGGAUGAGAUUUGGGAGGGCGAACAGCGUGACUCACGAGCAACUGCCCCUGACCCAGCACUUUCUGCAUCUGUACAAUAUGAAACGGAGAAUAAGGUAAUCAAAAUUAACCCAGGUGACGACGAAGAUGGUGAAACCAGGUCUGAGACAUCGGCCACAGCAGUUGAGGAUCACGAUGUUGAAGAACCCACAGCCGUGGAAGAGCAUGAUGUUGAACUGCCUCCCCCACGGGAGCACCGCCAGUUUGAAUUUGAGGAUCUAGUCGAUAGUGAUGAUGCUCAUGGUGAGAAUGAAAAUGACGAGGUCAUGCUCAGCAGUGGAGCAUCCUCACCGUCCAAACUCUCCGCAAUUCUCCUGGAUAGUCCCAUGUCGAGUCGUUACGGCUCGGUGACUCCCAAGAAGUCGCCGUUCAAGCGUCGGAGCUUUAUAUGA